AAUAUUCCUGUUACAAUCCGUACAGGUGUCCAAUUAGUUUAUUUUUAGAUUUCAUCGAUUUCAAAAUGUCACUUAAUUUUUUUGUGAUCUUAGCUAUUUUAGCGAUUGGCAAUGCGACACGGGCGCCCGAGCCCCGCUUAGUGGGGGGGACCCCCACCACCAUCCAGGAGUUCCCGUUCAUCGUGUCCCUGGUGUACUACUACCCUGGACCCCAGAUUUGGAUCCAGAGAUGUGUGGGCUCGCUGGUGUCUUCAUUCCAUGUGCUUACCACAGGAUACUGUUUCACACAAGCAGUGAUCGCCAACAUGCUGGUGCGAGCUGGAUCCACGUACAGCAUGUCGGGGGGCACCCUGCGCAGCAUUCGUGACGUCAUCAAACACCCCGAAUAUGUCGAGGCUCCUAGAGCUGGAGAUAUCGCCAUCGCUGUUCUGGACAGUCCCCUGGGCAUCACAGACACCAUUGGAGUGCUGUAUAUACCGCCGCAAGACACCUUCAUCCCAGACGGCUAUGAGCUCAAAAUCGUGAGCUGGGGAUUCGAAUCUGAAACUGGCCCCCAACUGGACACCCUGCAGACGGUGAACAUGAACAAACUCCCGCUUGAUGAAUGUCAAGCCAUCUUCUCGGGCUCCAACGCGGUCACCAUCGGAGACCCCGUAAUCUGCGCAGCCGCACCAGGCCGUAGUGUAUGCGUCGGGGACUCCGGGGCUCCCAUGGUCAUAGGCGAGACCCUAGUGGGCCUGUCGUCCUACUACGACGGCUGCGGCGACGACAAGCCUGACGUCUUCGCCAGGAUUGACAGAUAUACUAACUGGAUCAUAGAGGUGGCCGCGUCUAGGGUUGGCGAUGUGGAUAGUGUGCCGUAUGUUAGGGUUGCCGAGCAGGGGAGUUACUGAAGAUAAGUUAGGAUUGGGUUUGCUUGGUUUAGUUUUAACACUGCUGGGUUUAUAUUGGUGUAAAUAUUAAUGUUUUAUGUUGAGAAUUGUAAAUAUAAUUUUUUUU